AUGGAAAUGCUGGUUUCCUUAGUGUUAACAAUUUUUGUCACCUUGAUACAUAAGAGCAACUCGAGUGGUCAAUUAGAAAUAAAUGUACUAAGUUUUCGCAAUCCGGCCGGGCUGAAUAUUGAUGGUUCGUGCUGUGAUGGAGUCAAUCUUGUUGAUGAGCAAUGUCCAACUGGAUCUUGUGAUCACGCUAUCGAAGUUUGUGUAUCACAGAUAGAUGGAUUAAAUGAAAAAUGUAAAAUAUUUGUGGGGCCUCCUGAUACCAAUGAUAUUACAUUCUAUGAUAACAACCAAUUUUUAUAUAGUUUUGAUAGGUGGCAGGGUGGAGUACUAAUAUCGGUCAAUAUAACAGACCUUGAUAGUGGUAAAUCGGAUUUGGUGGAUUAUUAUAAUAUUACGUUAACUAAAGAUACUGUAGCAUCUUACUUACAAUUACCUACUGUAGAGAAUUAUAAUUUUACUGGUUCUCGAUAUCUUAAUGCCACCAGUUUACAGUUUUCUGUUAGUACAUAUUGUGAUAGCUAUUACUAUCAGGACUGUUCCGUUAGAUGUAUUGAUAAUGACGAAUGUGAUGGCCACUAUACAUGCGGAUCAAAGGGUGCGAAGAUAUGCAACUUUGGUUGGCGGGGUACAAAUUGUGACCAAAUUAUACAAGGAUCGCAAAAAGAUUGCUCUGUUUAUGACACUUCCAUCUUUGAGAUAAGUAAAUGGAUUAGCAAUUUUGAAUGUUAUGGAGCAAACGAUGAACUCUUAUUAGAUAUAACAGAGGUUCUCCAAGAAACUAAGGAAAUCUUCGGAACCAUAACUAUUAAUACCACUGAAACAUCCGUUGAAGGACAUUACAACCCUCUUGGACUACAACUUUCCUCCACCGACUUUGCGAUCGGAACCUAUCUGAAUCUAACCUUCUUUGACAUGAGUGCUACAAAGAAAAAUGCAACACAUCUUGAUGGCGUGUUUAGAUUUAGAAGUAGUGGAGAUGACCAUAGAUGUCCUUUGAAAUUAGAUCGCAUUUCGGGUGAAGAUGAUAUAGCACCGAAUAGAUGUGAUGAUAAAGGUACUUGUGUACGGUAUGGAGCUGCUAAAUCACAAACAUAUUGCUGUUGCUAUGACGGAAGUCAGGGUAAAACAUGUAAAUCAUCAGUAACCACAAAACCAUCCUUUUUUACUUCAAUAACAACUAUGAAGACAUCCACAUCAGCUACAUCACAAGCAUCAACAACUGAAACAGCUACAUCACCUGCAUCAAGUACUCCAAUUGUUACCUCAUUAGAGUCAACUACUCUAACAACACCAGAAUCUGUUACAUCCUCAACGACAUCAGAAUCGACCCAGGCAUCAUCUGGAGUAACAUCAUCUGGAGUAACAUCAUCCGGAGUAACAUCAUCCGGAGUAACAUCAUCUGGAGUAACAUCAUCCGGAGUAACAUCACCAGUCAUGUCAUCAAUAUCAACUAGUCCGAACUUUGGUGAAACAACAGAUAUGUCCUCAUCUACUGACUCCUCAACAACCCAAACAUUGGAAUCUCAAUCCACGGAAGAAAUCACACAGCCAUCUCCAUCUGCACCAUCAAGUUCACAGACAACCAUGUCGAGCGUAAGUACCAGUUCCACAAGUGAAAAAGCAUUUGAAACGUCGAUUACUGAAUUGGGCACAGAUUCGACAUCCACAUCAUCUCAAUCCAAAAUUACUUCUAUUGAGACUACGACAAAUCAACCGGUUACUGAUGCAAUGACAGAAUCUACAACUACAGACAUGUUAGAAACACCAGAGUCAACUAUGCAACCAACCACUGAAAUACCCAAACCAUUUAUCCCUGAUAAAUCUUAUCAACUCAAACUUGAAGCUGCACCAGAGGAGUUGAAAGACGAUGAUAGAAACUUAGAAGAUGUGAUCACAGAAGCUUAUUAUGAAGCUAAUAUAGAUGUUGUAGAGAAACGUCUUAUCAUUGCAAAUGUUACUGAUAAACGAGAUGCACUUGGUGAUGAUGGUGUCUUAAUAGUUGAAGUAACAUAUACCCUUGUGAUCAACUCUACUACAAUCAAUACAUCCACCAUAAACCAACCAACCACUGCUCAAUGGACGUUUGUGUUACACAGAAACUAUGCAAUAUCUGUAUAUCUUGGUGUUGAUAUAUGGUAUCUAGAAUAUACAUAUUCAUUCUAUGCAUUGGGACGACCGCCAGUUAUUCAACAAUAUAAUGAAAUGGAAUUGGAAAUUUUCAAUGUAUGGGAAUUGAAUAGUAGACUAGUAAACGAAAGUUAUAAUAUAACAAUACUUACUACAGAAGAAUAUGUUGGUGAAAUGGGUGAAGAGGUAUACAGAUUGUAUUAUAUUGUGACCAACAUCAAUACGAGUUCAAUGUAUCAUCCUUCUAAUACCACUGCCCCUUCAGCAGUUCAACUAGACGCAUCAAAUAUCUUUACUAUUUACCACGGUAUCUCAACUCGCUACAGAUUUUCCUAUGGAGUUAUAUUCUAUGAUGUUAUUGAUCAAUCUGAAUUGGUAGAACUAUCAACUGUUUCUGAGAAGGUUUGGGAUGGUUUUACAACAUUAAAUGUCUCUGUAAUACCUAUUAGAGUAGAAAGAUAUAUGGGUAAAGAAGGAGAAUAUUUAAUGAAAUUCCUGUACUUUGUGAAACGAGGAUCACGACUGAUAUCACCAAUCCAAUGGAAAGGACCAGCACCUAAGAACUUCAAAUCGUGGUUAGAAGUAAUAGAUAUUAACAACCGUUACUUACGUGUUUAUACCAGCGAUGUUCACUAUCGCUAUGCCCAUCAUACUGGAUUAUAUAUUGAAGAUCGUAUUGAUAGGAAGGAUUGGACCGUUAUGAAAGAACAGUUAGAAAAAACAUGGUCAGAACUUGUUAUAGGGUGGAAUAAAAAUGGAUUUAGUAUUAAAAUUGUAGCAACAAUAGACUACACCACAAAUACAAGUGAAAUGGUUCAACUUCUUACAUACUACAUAUACAGAAAAGGAAUGAUCAUAGACGCAUCUUUACUAGAUACCCACUUCAGUGUAACUAAAGAACUUGAGACACGAUUUAAAGUGAUGAGAACUUAUGGUGACCAGUAUAUAGUAAUUACUCAAAGAACCUUUGUUGAAUUGAGAACUCAGUAUUCUUUUUAUGUAGGGGGAAUAAUUUCUAAAACUGACUUCUCUUAUUUUGAACAGAGUUUAAUAUCAACAUGGAAUCUAACCAAAGGAUACACAGAAAGUGAUCUGACAGUAAAAAUAACUUAUAUUGAUGAAAGAAUAGAUAUUAAAACAGAGAUGACAGUUUCCAAGAUAUACUACACUCUACAAUAUAAAUUACAACUAGUGGAUGCUUAUGCUGUCAAAAUUUCACAAAACUUCACCAUCCACCUAGAAUCGGCAUUCAAUGUACAUACGAAAUACCAGAAAUAUAUGCUAUAUAAACAGACUGUAACAAAUCUGAUUACCAAACGUUACAGUUAUAGUCUUUAUUUCACAUCCAAGAUGACCAGAUUGGAUUUCACAACCCUUCAACGUCGACUGUAUUCUGUACUGAAAACAUAUUUAGGACUGUCCUAUGAAUUUGAAAUAAUUGUGGCCAACCAAGAAGAAUAUUAUACUGUUUUUGAUAAAGAAUCUUUUGAAAUGUCGAGUACAAGAUCCACAGUAUGGAAAAUCAAUUAUUUUAUUAAAACCAGUAAUUUAUGGGUUUAUCCCAAGUUUGUUAAGAAGAUCUACCAAUCCGAUUUAAAAACUAGUUUACAGUUUGAGAUGAUCAAUAAAAAGACAAGCAAUAUAUAUUUAGAAUCAAGGAACGAACUCAUCUCGUAUAGUUAUCAUUUCUCAUUGGAUUUUAAAGAACCAAUUUAUUAUACAGAUUGGCUACAGAUCCAGAUUAGUUUAGAAACAGCUUGGAAGAAACAAACUGGUAUGGCCGUAAAAAUUUCUAUUCAAAAUGUAGAACAAUUAGUUGAUGUUGAAGGAAAUAUAUAUUAUUCAAUGGUAUAUUUCAUACAACAUCAGCAAUCCUGGAUCUAUUCCUUAAACUGGCAAACUUUAGAUCUAACAAUAUUAAAGCUGGAUUUUCUAAACGUACAUGGAUAUAAAUAUGAGUACUUCAGUAUAAAAGAAGAGUGGAAACUGUCAUAUUCAUUCCACAUAGGCAGUGACUUGACGGUAUCAAGUACAGACAUAACUACAUUAAAAUUAAUUCUACGAGAGACUUGGUGUUAUUCACUUGCUACUUUUAUUAGUGACUGCAGUAAAAUCGAAAUAUUCCCAGUAAAACAAGUAUCUGAAACUUCACAAUCCGGAAUCAAAGGAUGGGACUUUAGAUAUUUCAUUAAAUAUGAAGGAAAUGUAAUUGAUGUAUCGACAUGGCCAGCCCUAAACAUUCACCAAUUCUUACAGUAUUACCAGAGUCAUAGCUUCGUAUAUAAAUAUAAAUUCUUCCUCAAUUUAAACUAUCUGUAUCGUUAUUUUCAAUUUAAAAUCUAUCUUAACACACACGUUGAAAGAACAGAUUAUGAUAAAAUCAAGGAGUCAAUUUUGUCAUCAUGGCUGAAACAAAAUACUCGAUUUAACUCUACAACUGGAUUAAAGGUUAUUAUUGAUUCUCAGAAAGAAAAAGUAGAUAUACACGGUGAAUCGUCGUGGGAACUGGGAUAUCACAUUGAAGUAAAUGGUAAUACUUUACGCCCGGAAGCAACCAAACCUCUCAAACCAUCAGAUCUUCAAAUAGAGAUUCACAAUAAAACAAUUAACGGGAAAUAUGAAAUAUCAUCAACCACAUCUAAAACAAGCUCAUCUUUGAUAUCCACCUCCAGUUUUGCUGGUUUAAUAGUUAACAGUAAGAUUGAAAGAGAAGACAAAUAUAAAUUCCAAUCGGCGCUAGAGAUGUAUUUCAGAAACAUUUCAAAUAUUGGUGCUGAAUCCAAUGUUACAGUAACAAUCGGUCCAAUGAAAGAGGUUAUAAGUGCUAACGGACAUCAUGCUUGGGAGCUGACAUACCACGUGGCUGUUAAUGGAUCAAGUGUUUCAGUCGAAAAAUUAAAACAACAAAUAGAUUACUCAUAUCUUCAACACUUUUUACAAAUCAAAACGAAAUAUGGUAAAACUGUCUCAGUGUCGUCAUCCAAUACAACCCAGAAGAAGUCCAUGUUGUUUUCAGUUGCACUGUCACAUAAAGUAACUAAGAUUAAUUUGGAAAAUAACAUUGCCACGCAAUUGACAAAGGUCUUCAAAGAGUUGAAUCCUGAAUACGAAAACUGUUCUUGUUUAGGUGUUAAAAUCUGGAAUCUACAAGAACAAAUUUCUGCAACAGGAGAAUCAACAUGGAAAGUAGAGUAUCAAGUGAAUGUAAAUGGUAGACCAAUUGACGCGAGUCUGGUAACCUGGCCAGAAUGGAAACUGUUAAAUAAAUAUUUGAAGCAUAAAACAUCGACUGGUUACGAAGUGAACGUUGUUGAUACCACUAAUAUAGAUUACAGAUCAACAUCACUCUUCCACUCUUUAUAUUUCAACUCUUUUAUAGCUCAGUCAACAUAUACUAACAUUAAAACAUCAUUAACAGCAUCUUGGUCUAAAACCUUUGAGAAAUUAGGUAUUGUUGGCGAUCUGAAAUUUAAGUUCUGGCGAUAUUCUGAAUGGAGUAGCACCCUGAAAAAAUCAGUUUGGAAGUUGGAUUAUGAAAUAAUGUUGAAUUCGACUAGACUAGAUAUAACAACUGUAGAUAUUGAUAAAACCAGUUAUAAUUUACUUCAACAAUCUAUAUCAAAUAUACAGUCGCCAAGUGGAGUCAAAUAUAAACUUAUAGAUGUUUCAACAUUCAAACUACGAGAAUACGCUAUGCAUUUUCCUUUAUAUUUUACUACCAUGGUGUCGCAAUCAGGAUUCGUAUCUAUCAAAGAAUUCAUAAAAAAGACUUGGUACGAUCAUUGGAAAGAAAUGAAUUUUAACCAGACAGAAGUUGAGAUUCAUGAACAAAAAGUGAUGGUCGAUAUGGAAGGAAAAUUUGUCUAUCAACUCGUGUAUUUCCUGACACAUAAUGGAGAAGUAGUCGAUUCCAGACUUUACGGUUACCAAAAGAUCUUAGACUAUAUUUCAACAAAUUUAAAACUUAUCAACCCCAGGGGACAAUAUUACAAAGUAUUAUCUAAAGUUUCACAUUUGAUACGAGAAGAAACUUUGUUCAAUAUUGUCAUUCACCGGCCAUUAACUACCUCAACUAAAGUACAAUUUUUAGAAUUUAUAAAAUCCGCCGUAUCAUCCAAUAUGACAGGUCAGAAGCUAUCAAUAGAUGUUCUACAACAAGAAGAAGUUUUGACAGAAACAUCAAUGAGUGUAUGGAAAGUGAAAUUUUAUAUAAAAUCAGAAGGGGAGUAUAUUGUACCAGCAACAGUUGAUGGAUUAUCUGCCAUGGAUCUGUACUCAGCUUACCUAAACACAAGUUUAAAUCUUAAUUUUAACGUACUCCAAUUCAAAAAAGAUCAGCUUUAUAGUUACAAAGAUCGUUUUGUACUCUUCUUUAAGAAGAAUGUGAGUGAAACCCAUUGGUCUAUAUUAACAGAUGCUUUGGUUUCUUUUUGGAACAAUCACACUGAAUAUAAAGACUGUAACUGUGUCUCAAUUAAAAUCAAAGGAAUGCAAGAAGUUGUAGACAGAAAUGGAAUAACAAGAUUCAAAUUGGUAUAUUUUCUGUAUAAAAGUAACGUUCUGGUCAGUUCCCAGAUUUCAGUGGAUGUAGAAUUUGAAGUUCUUCAGAAUGUAUUGGUUAAGAAAUCAACAUCAUAUGAAAUGAUAAAAAUAACAGAAACAGAGUCAACCAGAAUCGAUUCUACGUUCUCGAUUUACCUCAAUCGUGGAAUACGAUUUGAUCACAGAGAGGUGACAGAACAGGCUAUUUUAGAUGUACUGAUAACUAAAAAUGAAAAUUGUUGCACUAAUGUUGAAAUAUUACGCCAGAUGGAAUUCCUUACCAUUAAAGGAAAGAGUCUGUGGCAGACCGUUUUUAAAGUGACAAGUUUAAAUGUAACAGUAGAUGUUAAAAGACUUGAAAGUAUCAACGCAACCUCACUUCAAGAAACUCUCCACCAAAAUCUUUUAGAAUAUCAGAUUGAAGACAAUACAACAAUGAUACUUGAUCUUAGAAAAUCCUAUAGUUUAUACCUCACUACACCAGUCAGACAGACCGAUCUGAUACAUUUUCAGCAAGCAGUAUAUCGAUAUAUUCGAAAAUCUGUUUCCGUCAACAUAAGUGUUAUAGUUCCACAAGUUACGCAAGUUGUGGAUAUUGAAGGGUCUUUGUAUCAGAAAUUAUCAGCAUUCACAACAUUUAAUGGUGUACAAGCUUAUCCCGGACAGGGAGGAAAUCUAAACAUCACACUCAUUCAACAAGAGAUUAAUUCGAUGGGAAUAAAGGGAGCAAAGGCUGAAUACACACUGAUUGAUCGAGAAAUAACUGAACAUGAUGUACACUAUUCGUACAGUCUAGAACAAUUCAUAGACAGACCUGUUAAACAUAAAGAUCUUAAAACAUUUCAGCAUGUACUAGAACUCUCCUGGACUCGAGCAAUUAGAGCAGAAUGGAAAUUUAAAAUUGAUUUUGAUAUAAAAAUUGAAAUAGUUCGGCAAGAAGAAUAUUUGGAUAUCAGCGGAAAAUCAGUAUAUAAAUUAGUUUACUACCUUCAUAAGAUUAGAGAUAAUAUGACUCAAGGUGAACUACCAUCUAAUCAACUUCCAAAACUACCAGUGGACAAGAUUCAUCUACAAGUAUUGAUUGAUGUAUUGGUUAUUGGUGAAUAUAAACUGGUUAAAACAACAGAAAUAGUUCAAUAUUCAUCAUUAUUUACUGUAUUUUUAAAAAGUCCUGUGCUUCUUCCAGAUAUAGACAUAAUUCAAUCUAAUCUUCAACAACAAUGGUCGUGGUAUCUAAAGAAAGAAGUUAGUAGUGUUGUUAUUGUAUCACAGGAGGAAGUUGUUGAUGUGUCAUCCAGAUCGUCAAUGUGGCAAGUAUCUUACACUGUAAAGUCAAGUAGCACCAUCCACAUAGAUUCAAACUAUCAAGAGGAGUUGAAUGAAACCGACUACAGACUUGCUUUAGAUGUAAACUAUACUGAUACAGGAAAUAGUUAUAAAGAUCUGAUAACCUCCCGACCAGAUAGUUCUACAAAAAUCAUCAGAUAUAAAGAGACAUAUAGUGUAUAUUUUACACAAAGAAUUAUAGAAACUUUUUAUUCUAAAUUUGAAACUGCUCUAAUAUCAAGUUGGAAGUUAUCAAGAAAUGAAACGGUCAAUAUUACGAUUGCUGGUCAACAAGAGGUUAUAGCAGAAACUGGAAUGACAUCGUUUAAGCUACUGUAUAUAGUUAGUAAGAGUGAAAAACAAAUAACACUGUACAAUAAUGAACUUUCAUACAAUGAAUUGAAGAAUACUAUAGUUAUUAGUACAGCAGUCGGUACGAAUUAUAAAGUUAUGGAAGUAGAAGAAUCAUUUAAGUUAGAAGCUGCCUUCCAAGUAUAUGUUUCUCAGGCUGUAUAUAGAGUUGAUAGAACAUUAUUUAAGGAAGCUGUUAAAACAGAACUAGGACGUUUAAUGCCAGAUUCAAAAUGGACCAUCGCAAUACGAGAACCAGAGGAAUAUAUUGGAGCCAAUGGGGCUGUGGUAACUCGUAUUCCAUAUCUAGUAAUGCAGAACAGUACGGUAACAUUUCCAGAUGUAACCAGGGCUCCGACGGCUACCAGUAUAGUGGCACAUAUGUCAACGCAAUUAAAAGAAACCUUUUCAGUUUACGAUGGCAAGAAACUUGUCAAAUAUAAUUCCUGCUUCACUCUGAGUGUCAAAAGAGAAGUAGGCUUUAACAUUCAAACAAAUGAAAUAGAAGUCAUUUUGACGAGAACUUGGCGAUCUGUAACACAAGAAAAAGAUGUAGUUGUAUCAAUUGAAUCAACAGAAAAUUUCGUCGGUGAUUUUGGAGUUAAAAUUGAUCAGAUAUUAUAUACAGUAACAUUAGAUAAAAUAGCAACAGAACCAUCAUUUGAUAUUAAACCUAAUGAUACACUUGUACUGCACGAAAUAAAUAAUGUGAUGAAAUAUCGAUGGUCAUUAUACAAAGGAGUAAACACUUAUAGACUUGGCGUCUUGUUCAGUCUGGAUGUAGCAUAUUCGAGUAGCUUAUUUUUCACAAUUGAAACUAAACGUUUAAUUGAAGCAUCUCUAGAAGAUGUCUGGUCAACCAAUAAUCCAACUGUGUGUGAGAAUUGUACAGUGUCGGUUGUUAGUAGAAAAAUGAAAAUAGGAUACAACAAAACAAUAGCAAUGGAUGUUCAAGAAACAGUGGUAGCACAAUUACAUUAUAUGGUUCAAUCUAAAGGAGAGUACCUGAAAUCUUACCAGACAACUGCUCCUACAUCGGAGCUGAUUAAUACCCAUCUCAAUCAAUUUGAGCUAGUAGUAUGGACAGAACAAACAUUCGUGGCCAGAUCGGUAUAUUUUGAAGGCUACUCAUGGAAUGAAAAGGAUGAAAUAUAUUCGGCUGGGUUGCACGAAGCAUGGAAACAAGACUCCACAACUGAGAUUAAUAUAACUCUAAUAGAUGUUACAAGAUAUGUAGAUGAAAACUGGAAUAAACUAACGAAAGUUCAGUAUAUAGUAUUUGUAAAUGGUUCAGACCCAGUUCAGGCACAGUUAAAUAAUACAGACAUAACUGCUGCUUUUAACAAAAUAGGUGAAGAGAAGAGUGCCUGUAGCUGUAAGCCACUCAAACAUAGGAAACUAUUUGUUAAAGGAUCACCAGGCUCUGUAGAUCACAAGUCUGUCGGUAUAGCAAUCAGAGCUGCAUGGAUGAAUGUUAACCAUAAUUCUUCCUCUCUACAUCAAUUACUAAAAGUGAAAACAAAGAAGGAAAAUUCAAGAAAGAAGCGAGCAGUUUCAGAAUCAACAAAUCAAACAAAAUAUAUAGGAGAUGAUGGAGAUGAAAUAUCACCAGUAGACUAUACUCUAUCUGUUAAUGAUCAAGAACCAGAUCCAGUAUUUUUAAAUUCCCCUACUGAAGAUGAUCUUGAUGCUGCUGGUGUCAAUGGCUGUAACUGUUCACCAAGAAAAGCUGGUUCACUACGAUUAGAUGGUGAUGUUGAAGACAGUCAGUUUGAUGAUGUAAAGAAAGCUGUUUAUGAAGCUGUGGUCAAAGCAAAUCCAGAUAUAUCUGCUGAAGAUCUUGAAGUUGACAUCUUAAAUUUAUCUGAUGGAAUAAAAGAUUCUAAUAAUAAUGAACUAUCCGAAGUUAACUACGCAAUAAACAGAAAAGAUGGUGGAGAUAUAGAGGAUGUGAACUAUCCAACCUCAGCUCAUUUGGAUGAAGCUUUAAAAAAUCAUGGUUUAGCUCUAUAUGAAAAAAGAGCACCAUCUGAUGAAGAGGAUGAUGACUGGAAAGUAAUUGUUGGUGCUGUAUUUGGUGCUAUUGCAGCCUUAAUUAUUGUCGUUGUUGCAACAUAUAUAAUAGUACAAAAACGCAGAAAACAAAGGAAAAUGAAUCUGAAGAAACAAGAGCGAGAUGUAUCCAAUGAUAUUUAUGAUGAAGAAAACUUCAGUAGUGCAGUUGCCUAUUCUAAUCAAGUAUAUGAAACUCAAGAAGCGAAAAUUGACUUCAGGGAACCCGAGUAG